GGCAGGAGCUGGCGGCCGCGCCAUCGUGCCGGGGCAGCUGCCCGGCCGGGGCGCGGCUCCGCGCAGCCCAGCCCUAUGAGGGGCCGGGGCUGCCCCUGGGCCGCGGGGCUGCCGGGGUGAAGCUGGGCCCCGUUCCCCGCGCAGUGCCAGGGUGGGGGGGAGCAGGGCCCGGCGCUGUGAGGCGGAGCCCGGCGCGUCGUUGCCGGCCCGGCGGGGCGAAGUGGACUUGAGCCUCGAAAGCGAGAGAGGAGCGGCGAGCAGGGGCCGGGGCGGGGCUCGGCGGCGGGGCCGCUCCGGGUGUACGCACUUCUCAGCCGAAAUAAAGCCAUGACGCGUCUCACGGCCUCCUUGGUGCCUCUCGGUGGAGCUGCGCGCACGGGGCGCCAAUACGAUCUGUGAUCACCAGGGAAUUGUCCAGACAUCACUCUGCAAACAACACGCUCACAUCCUCCUUCAGGGGGUAGACACCCGUCAAAGCCUCAUCCUCUGGCUGGCAGCUUUGUUAAUGUGGAAGCAGAGUAGCUGUGCACCCGUUUUCAUGAAGCAAGAGCUUUGGCUACUGACUUUGAGCUGUAGACCAUUAAGCUCAGCAUCCUAAUUUGGUGCCAUCCUAGGGAGGAUGAAUCAGGAGAGCAACUCAAGUGAUCAGCCUGGCGGAAGGAAGUGCUGGCAAGGGCUUCCUCAGCUUCCUGUCGACUUCGGAGCAUAUUUCCAGGCACAAUCUUCUCCACCAUCCAUCACCCAGUCCAGCCAAACAAUCACUGCAGUGCAACGGGAAAAACACACGUCUCACAUAAACACUUUGGAGGCAGCAGGAGCCCAGACCACCGGAAUUUGUGCUCAAGCCAGUUUGAUCUGUAAGCUCUGUCCGACAGCAGGUUACCGUGGAUUUUCUUCUCUUCCUUUUCUAAUCAAACGUCUCAAUUAAAAUUCUUAUUUAAAAGAAACAUUAAAAAAAAGAAAAAAAAAAGACUGAUGCUUAGGAAAGAAGCAACUACUUUGAGCUGGAAAUUUCUUUGUGGUUCUGAUAGUGGAAACCUCACCUGCAAAAUCUGCUGUGAAGAGAUGAGCAGUUACUGGAACACUUCUCAAGACUGCUGUAUAAUCGUAUUACACAGCAAGAUAUGGCAGAAUAUAACGAGUCUAACUUGAAGGACAAACUACUUUUUAAUGACUGAAGCUUUUUUCCUCUGUACAACUAGCCUGAAUGAUCCAUGUGCAAGUCUGAACACCUAGCUUUGUCUGGGUGUGGGCAUCCACACAGAGCCCUGUCUCCAUUACUGUCUUCUCACAGUUUUUCUGUGGGUAUUUCAGAAAUCAUUCUAUUGUUCUUUGGGCUAAGAUGCUCCAAAAUGACCACUUAGGCUGUAUUCAGCAGCAAGGGGACUGGUUUGUAUAAGGGAAUGGAAGAAGAGGGACUUGGAAGACUCUUGGCCAUCAAAGCAAGCCAGGACCCACUGCUAUUGCUGAAAACCCUUCAGCUUCUCUGGACAAAGAAAGAGAUGAAGAAGCAGCUCAAGGAAGAAAUCAGGCGGGGCUUUGCAGGACUGGAGGACCCACUGGCAGGACUCCUGGACAUGUUGGAGAACAGCAGUGAUUGGAAGGGGAAAGGGCAUUCCCUGGGGUAUCACAUCACCAGUGAGUUGCAGCUUUGGAUAAAAGAGCAUCCUGCUGUUCAACAGUCUGGCAUGAAGCUGAAGAAGCUGCAGGCCCGUGUAUUCAGAAUACUAGCCCAGUGCCCAGCUAAUCUUCUUGACCCUCUGAUUAGCAUUUACCAGCUCCAUACAGCAGACCGGAACUAUUUGCUUGGACAUGUCAGUCAUCUUUAUCACAAGGGCGAUUACAAAGAGGCAGUGAUACUGAGUAUUAAGCUAAAAUUGCAACCAGAUCAAGAUGUGGAGAAGAUGUGUACACCACUACUGCUUCAAGAUAAAACUAACUUGGUGGAAGCUUAUGUGGGAGAAUAUCCUGAGCUCCAGUGCAAGCUCUUGCAGAUCCUGGACACGUGGUGUGAACCCAGUUUUAAUAUCAAAGACAUCUCAAGACAAUAUCAAGGCCUGUCCAAAUACAAACCAGAUAAAUUUAACCACAAAAUGCUAAGCAAGCUGGUCUUCAGGCUCCUAGAACGAUUUAACUUAGAUCCAGCUCUUUGCCCUAAUGUCAUAAAUCAGCGGCACUUGAGAACUCUGAAUUAUCUCUUCUACAAGAGGUUUGUUGAGAAAAGCAUGACUCAGGAGAACUGGACAGAUCAUGUUCAGAACACAGUUGGAGAGAACCAAUGGCUACAAGGACACCUGAUACAGUUGCUAAUCAGCUAUACUGAUAUGAGCACAGCCGCGAGAUGGGCUCAACGCUGCAAUUUGCCCAAGGAGAUGCUGCCUUAUGGAGUGGCUGAUGAACUGCAAAAGCUUAAGAUCCAAGAGAGGGUAGAAGAGGCUGAGAAAGCAGAGAAUUAUGAAGAGGGUAAGAAGAAGGAUUAUUACCAGUUGUCUAUUCCACGGGCAAAUAUUCACUUUCUGCAGACGUGGGAAGAGAUGCUGCAGUGCUGGGAAAAGGUGCUGCAGCCUGGGCAGGUGGUGGGCAUUGACAUGGAAUGGAGGCCUUCGUUCGGCAUUGUUGGGAAGCCACGUGUCUCCCUCCUUCAAAUCGCUGUGGGUGAGGAGGUGUUCCUGCUGGACUUGCCACAGCUCCUUGAGCAAGCUGAAAGGGAGGAUGAGAAGGAGAAGCUUUCCCAUUUCAUCCAGAGGCUCUAUUUGGAUCCAGCCAUCACUAAACUCGGUUAUGGGAUGUCUGGAGACCUUAACAGCCUUGCAGCCACAUGCUCUGCUUUGAAAGACAUGGAUAAGCAAGCUCAAGGUGUAGUGGAUCUACUCACAGUAGACAAACAACUGCAGAAGAGCUCCGUUGACUGGAAGAAGGGUGGCCGGAAGGUCGACGUCCUGGCCCCGGAGCGGAGCUGUGAGGACAGGGCGUUCAGGCAGCCGGAAAGAGGGCUCAGCCUGUUGGUGCAACAUGUGCUGGGGAAACCUCUAGAUAAAACGGAGCAGCUGUCUAACUGGGAGAAACGGCCUCUCCGGGAGGAACAGAUCCUCUAUGCAGCUUCGGAUGCAUACUGCUUAUUGGAGGUCUAUGGGAAACUGCGUAAGGAUCCAGCGAGCUUUGGUCUAAGUUCAAACCUGACUGAGAGUCUGGUGGGAAAACCAAGCAUAAAACCCAGGGCGAAAAAGCAGCUGAAUAAACAAGAAGUACCGUCAUCUUCUGGACAGCAAUGCAAAAGGUUUGACGAGGAGGCUUCAUGUCCCCCUGAUCCCAUCUCCCCGAAGGAGUUCAGUGUGGUCUGUGAUAACAUGCUGCAAGGCCUCGGGCGCUAUCUUCGCUGCCUUGGCGUGGAUGUCCGGAUUCUGGAGAAUGAAGAUGACCAUAGGAAAGCUGCUGAGAUUGCCCGACAGGAAGGAAGGGUCAUUUUAACCUCUGGACUCCCAUAUCAGACUCUGCAGUCCCAGAUAGGAGAAGGAAGGUGUUUCUCUGUGAACUGCUCAGAAAAGGCAAAAGAACAGGCCCUGCAGGUUCUGAAGCACUUCAAUGUUCAAGUAACCUUGGCGGAUAUCUUCAGUCGCUGCCAGGUGUGCAACUGCGACAAGUACCUGAAGAUCUCCAAAGAGAGGAUGAGGCAGCUAAUGGAGGGCAGCAGACGCUUGACGGCAGAGGAUGAUGCAAGCCACCUGACAACGUCUGAAGAGAAGGCAAGCCAAACCUGUGAUGCUGCCACACCAGCCCAUGACUCACCCCAGCCCAUUUACAACCCAAACUGCCAGUGCCUGGAGGAGUUAGACCUCACCGGGGAGUCUGUGACGCUGGCCAAUGGCACAGUCCUGCAGGUCUCCGCCAUCCCGCCUGGGGUGCUGGACAAAACCGACCUCACCUACUUCUACUGCUGCACCUGCUGCGGGAAGGUGUUCUGGGAAGGGUCUCAUUUUGGACGUGUCGUCUCUCAGUUUAAGGAUGUUCUUGCUGCCAUGGAGGAUGACCAAAGCUUCUAUGACCUGAGUUGAGGGGGUCAUUCACUGCUUGGGAAGGCUGAGGAACGGGCUGGGGAGCCCAGGGGACACUGCCUCCCUGAUAAACCUCGGCAGGUUUUCCAGGCCACGGGCUUGGGUUUGAGGUGAAAGGUUGCAAGCUGGGCUAUUAGGGAGAGCCUUGUUUUGGGGUCUGUGGUGGAGGGGACUGUCACGUUUACACUGAUGAGGUGGUUGUAUGCAACAGCCUUAAAUCACUUGGCCUCUGUGAGAUCAUUAAAUCAGAGGUGUCUGGGAAA